CUUCUUUUUUUUUCAGGUUCAAAUCUUCAGCUCUAAAUUAUUCAUAUUGAUUUACAUAAUUUAUAACACUGUAGGGUUUAUUAUGUGUUGAUAUUCUAAGCAGGUAAAGUAGUAUUUCAUAAAAACAUUGUUGAGUUUUAACCCUUAAUAUGUAAAUAAUCAGCCUAAUCUACACCUCAGUUAACGCUGUUUGAGCUUCACCUUAAUAUUUGAACCUGAAGCAGAAACUCCAGUCAUGUUUUUCUUCUUUUGGAAAGCACUUUGGUGCAACAGCUGUCCUUUAAAUGAUGUUUAGAUUGUCUAAAUAACGAUAACUCGACUUCACUUGACUCUUAAACCCACUUUAUCUGCCAAAGUCCGUUCAAAUCCGCUGAAAUUUUCCCAUGAAACAACCAUGUUCAAGCAGCAUUCACCAUAAAUAACUGCUGCAUCACGACAAACCGAACUGGAACAUUCUUCUCAGAUGCAAACCAGUGCGUUUCUGUCCGCUUCUGCUGGGAGACACGAGCAGUUUGAUCUUAUUGGUCCGCGGCGGCUCCGUGGCGUCUAUAAAACGCACGACUGGAGCUGCAGAGCGGAGACGGUCUGAGGGCGCAGACACCUGUUAGCGCAGGAGUGGAUGUGGAGCAGCGCGUCUUUUCCUGUACACAUACACACCUGACUGCACCUCCUCCAGGCUUCCCACUGUCUGGUGGGACCAUGUGGGUUCUGGAUAAGAUCCGCGGGUCGGUGGAGACCAGCAUGCUGCGACAGGGAGACAACGGGGACAAGAAAGGCGUCGCCUACAGCAACGUCCUCACUCCAGACAAGAUCCCCGACUUUUUCAUUCCUCCGAAGCUGGUCAGCUGCCCCCCAGAACCUGAGAUCCCCAACGUGAAGCCCAAACAGGGGCUGCAGCCGUCCACCUCCGAGCAAACCAUCGGCAGCGGCAAGAAGAUUAGCAGCCCCAGAAGCCCCAGAAGCCCGAGGCUUGUGGCCAAGCUUGCAGGAGACACUAAGAACUUACUGAGAGCUGCAAACCGCCACAUCAUCCAGAUAGAGAGUGCUGAUGAUGUUGUGGCUGGAGACACCAACGCAGACCCCCAGUCGCAGACGGCCAUGUCGCUGCCGUACGUCCCCAAGACCCAGACGUCCUACGGCUUUGCGACGUUGAAGGAAAGCCCCCACACUCGUCGUAAAGAGUCGCUGUUCCACUGCGAGCACACCAGUCCCAUCACUUCCCCGAACACUCAGAGGAAGACCGGAAGCAAAAGCAGCGACGGCGGAAACCACCUGAACCCGGCUGACUUCAACACGUCCCACAUGAACCCGUAUCGAUACUUCAGCGGUGGAGAAAGCGACACCUGCUCAUCAGCCGAGUCGUCCCCCUUCAGCUCUCCUCUGCUGUCUCGAUCAGCAUCCCUGCUCAAGAUCUUCACCCACGAGACUCAAGCCAAAGUGGUGAAAGCCAAGCGGACGUUCGCCCGCCACAGUUCCCUCUCCACCGACGAGUGCAGCUCGGCCGAACCGAGCCCCAACGUCCAGCGGCGGCUCCAGGUCCCGUCCCUUCACGGCGGCGCAGGAGCGUCCGACCACGGCCUCCAUCGAGAGCACACCAUCAACCUGCACAAGGGAGGGACGGUUCGGAUCAGCGUCAACUACGACUCCGGCACUUCCCGCCUGCUCAUCCGUGUUCUGGCGGCCGAAAGUCUGUACGACAAGCACUUCGACAUCAAGAGCAUCAACUGCUGCGUGUCCGUCUACCUGAACCCCGGAAAGCUGCAGAAGCAACGGAGCAACAUCAUCAAGAACAGCCGCAACCCCGUCUUCAACGAGGACUUCUUCUUCGACUCGAUCAGCUCGAUUCAGGUGAAGAAGCUCUCGGUGAAGUUCAAGGUGGUGAACAAAGGCACCAGCCUGAAGAGGGACACACUGCUGGGGGAGCGAGAGGUGCCUCUGAACAAGCUGCUGUCAGGGCUUUAAGUCCGGAGCAGCUGGAGGUCAGAGGAGGCAAAAACGGAGGAUUCAGACUGAAAGUUACAUUACAUGUUUGCACUGCUUUCUAUACACUCUGUUCUUUAUUCCAGCUACCAGAAUAGGUGAAUAUAAAUAUAAAGGGGGAGAAAAUUAAGCGUUUCCAAGAAGUUAAACCAGUUCAUAUAAGGAAGAGUGGUUUAAUCUUGGAGCUGAAAAAAUACCAUCUCUUGACGGACAGAUGAAGGAUCUACGUUCCCCUGGCUCCGUCUCUCAAUAAUGAAAGCUCAUUAAACCAAGCUGGGCUCUGCAGCAACAGAUGAAAGGUUUUUUUCUUUCUGAACGCGUCUCCCUGCCAACCCCCCUCCGGGUCUGGUUCAAAGGUGGGACGAUACCUGUGCAUCGGCCUGUUUCCGAGUCCUCGUCUGCGCCACCGUUUUAUUAUCGUACCGCCACAGAAAUCUGCAGCGGCGGUUGCGAUUCUGCAUCAUCUGCACCGUGUCGGGCUCAGAGACGCUUUUGUGAAUCAGCUUUGAAGCGUCUCGGUGUCCUGAUGUGCAAAUGACCCUUUGAUCCAAGCCACCACGUUCCGCCUCCUGCAGAGGGAUGGCGAGGGACAAACGGAGCAGCCGCAUUAGGAUGCACAUCUGACAUACAAAUAGAAUAUGAUUAAUCAAGGCUGCUGCCACCAUGAGAGCUCAUAUGUACUGCUAAAUAAGUUUCCUGCCUUUGAUUUUGUGCUUAAAGCUGCCCUGUGGAGUUCCCUUGUAAAGCAACAAAGCAGCUGUCUUUAUACUGAGUCAUCAAAAUCCACCGUGUUAAUACCCGAACAUCUUUAUCGAUGCCUCUUAGUGUGUUUGUUGAAUGAAAUCACCAGCAAAAUGUGAAUUUGGACGCUUCUUAUAAACAAAACAUCUUCUAACAUUGCUCAGUAGCACUACUAGUGGUCAAAGUGUCCACAGGGUAGCUUUAAAUUUCACUUUUCUUCCACUAACAUGUGUAUAAUAAGAAAAAUUUCUCGUGCAAAUCAGCUUCUUUUCAAGUUUUUUGUCUGUACUGUUUGCAGUGCAACACUCAUAUUACUAGGAUGAUCUUUAAACAUCCCAGCAAACCAAUAUUCUUAGUGUACGUGCUGAUUUCUUCACAUAAAACUAGUUUCUAGAACUCAAUUAUAACCAGAAAUGACUUGAUGAGAUUUUAUGCGGUGCGAGGUGCAUUUGGGAUUUUUAAUAUCUUUAAUAGCCGCCGGUUAUGUCUGUAAUGGCAUGAAACCCGGCCCAGAGUUAAUGAACGUGGAGCAGCAAGGUUAUAAAAUGUCAGCAGUAUAGAUGAGAGCAUUCAUAUAUUCAAUAAUUUGACACACACGUUCAUUUUGAUGGAUGAAAUGAUGCUCCGACCGCAGCCUGCUGAUGUGAUUAAAUCUCGUCAGACUGGUUUUUGUGCAGAUUCCCGACAGCAACAAUGCAUUACAGGCGGUCACAUGACGUUUAAAAUUCCUUUCCACCCCGCAUCACUAAAAAACACUUGUUACAUAACCGUAAUCUGCACAGAUCUAGAUUUGGAUCAGUCUAAGAAUGUACCGAUGUCUCUCUGUUUUUUGUUUUUUCAGCUGAAGUGUAUCGUUUUUAAAGAAGUGAGCUGUACACUUCACAUCAUGCCCCAACUGCUGCUUUAACUCCUUUUUGGUUUAUUUUUGUUAGCAACAGGACAUGAAAUAAUGUUGUUAAAAGUCCCUUUUCUUUCUAUGUGAACUCAAUUUAACUGUCUAUUUAUGCAAGCAGGCUUUUGCCUUAAUCUAUAUCGGGGGUUAUUCCAUCUAAAAAUCACCAAACACCUUCUGCUCGACCAUCUAAAAUCUGCUUGAAACUUUAGUUCUUAAUCAUAAACUAUGACUAUAUAAGAGGAUAUCAUCAAACAUCUAGACUUUUAGAUAUAUCAAGUGCUUUCUGAGAUUUUUGUUUUUUAAAAAAUGCCCAUCAACAUAUAUUUAGCAUGUUUUUUGUGCGCUGAAAUUUGAGUCUGUUUUAGCAACAUUAUUUCAGGAACUAUUACAGUUAAAACCUGAAGUUUUCUCUGUUAUUUGUCAUCAUGUCGUUCAUUUAGAAUCUGCAAGACAAGUAGUUCAAAAAAUUGUCAUUAUGGUUGAGCUGAAAAAUGAAAAACCCCAUCUUUGAGCAUAUAAUAACCAAAAAAUUAACAAUGCAGAAGUCAACUAGUGAUAUUUUCUGAACCGUAUUUAGCUGCAUGUCAAAAAAAAACCUUGUACAAUAUUUGUUAAUACAAAAUUCUUGGUCACAAAAAUUACAAAAAAGUUACCUGAUAGAGCAGAAAGGACGGAAAGUUGUGGAAUUUCAAGAAUAAUUCUCAAAAUAGAUGAUAUGUUAAAAGCUAAAACCUCACAAAUAUCUUCAUUAAUAUCCACAUUUUAUGCCAUGAAAAGCUCAGGCUAAUCAGAGAUGGUUGAGCAGAGAUGAUCUGAGAUGCAAUGACUCUGCUGGCAAAGUCUUGUGCGCAUGUAAAUGUGUUAAAUGUCUGUAAGAGGGGAUUAGAGCUGACUGGUGUCGCAGUGGGAACCAGCUGCAUGACCUGAACACGUCACUGGUGUUUGCAUGACAAAGUUUAAUGAAACCCUAAAGCCUUACUGUGUGUGUGAGACACAGAAUGUAUGUUCUGAUUGGCAUGAUUUUGUCCAGAGUUGUUACUUUUCUAUGUAGUAUUUUGUAAAAGAAGGAAAAAAAAAAAAGCAUUCCAGUGGUUUGAAAUGACUGUACAUAAAACCACAUUUGUCAGCCAAUUAUGCACCAGCGAGUGAGACGUGCUGAUGAGAGACGAUGAUGUUUAACGAAGGAUGUCGAGAAAAGAAACACGAGAAACGAGGCGACGAAGAAAACGGUAUUAUGUGCUUUGACGGUCUACUCCGCUGUCCUGAGGAAUUAGGAGGAAUUACAGCCUCAAGUGCUUCAGACAGAAAAGAAGUCGGAGAGAUCAGAGCGAUGCAAAUUACGGAGGUUUUCUUACACGCUGUGCCAAAGGACUUAACUCUCACCUGGUGUUUGUAGCUCACUUGUAGCAGCGCUGUUGAUGUGCUCUGUAUGCUUCACACACACUGACACCGGUUUGUUUCGGUGUGACUUCUAAUCCCUGCUGACAGUGCCUGCUCGUCGUAGAUUUUAUUCAAACUUCCUGAAUUGUUACCGAGUCGCAUGGUCAAAGUGCUUCAGUGGUGUCAGUAACUAAUUUUAAGUGGGUUCUUUUGUGCAAGUCUGUGAUUCUAGGUGAGGAUUUGCUGCAGAUGUUUCUCUGGGAGAUGUGUUGUGAAGACUGUUUGAUUGCGUCCUGAUUUUAUAACUGUUUGUUUUGCAGUUUGAGUGCAGGCUGAAAAUGAAAGGCAACACAGAUAAUGCUGUCCUCAGUGGGACCGUGGCCUCUUUACAGGUUUAAAAAUGGGCCUAAGCAGAACUUUAUCAGUAAAAAUCUCUCGUAGCUGAAAGUUUUUAAAUGUUUCUUGAACUUUAUUCUUUUUAACAAGCUCACCAAAACCCACAGAGAGAUUAUUUAAUAAGGUCAGAUCUCUCUGGCCGGUUUCAUUACCAGCAAAAGGUUGCAUCACUGCUGCAGUAACAGAAGGAUCUGUUGAAUCAGUUGAAUAACUUUGGAGUCAAAUCUGAAAAAAGUUUCCCUCUGAACUCCUCAGAAUCAGCAGAUUUUUUAUGUAACACUAACUUUAGUAUAUUUAAUGAAUCCAUGCUAAACUUUACCUUCAGUCUAUGAAUAUUUUAUAGGCCCUCAGAGUGCAGGGUUAAAAUAUGCCUGUAUUUCAAAAAUAUUUUGACACAGAUGGAAUGAUGUCUAGAGGGUGAUCUGGUAUCAAAACAUAGACAACAUGACACCUUUCAUAGACUAUAACUUGUUCUGACCAAACAUUUAUCUAAAAUGCUGAUAUGAGUCCUGAAAGUUGACCAGAAAUGCACUUUUUUAAAGUUUUCUCUGGUGAACUGUUAGAAGACAUCCAGGGUACCAAUGAUUGUUUCUAUGACUGUCAUCGACAUUGAACUGCUGCAGUUUUACUGUUGAAUUCAAUAAUAUAAGUUGGUGAUAUAAAAAGGAAACAAGAAACCGGUUUAGUUUUCUCAUUAGGACACCUGUAGUGGAUGUAAACAUAUUUUAUGUGACGUACUUAAGAAGUUAUUAGACUCAAGAUGUUGGAAAAGCUCUGACAGUAUUCAUAGCAUUAAAGUAAAUGCUAUGAAUGAAUAAAUAUAAAUCAGCAGACUCUGUUUUUUUUUCCUGGAAUAAUUAUUUGUUGUUGUCUUUCUAUGAUCUAUAUUAAACUGGAAACUAGAGGUGGUGAUUCCUGAUAAGCCCAGUUGCUGACAGUUCAGUCUCCUGUCUUUUGCCCCUUGCUGUUUGUUUAAAAUGAUCAGAAAAGACAAAAACAAAUCCAAAAGCAGCUGCAAAAAUACAGUCGGUGACCUCGCGAGACGGCUAAUAGUCUCAAAACUGUCAGAUGGAGUCAAAUCUGAAAGGAAAUAUUGAACUAAAAUGCCCGAUGCUGCCAAAAAAUAGCAUGUUGUGACCUAAAAAACAAAGCAAAAGGUCGAUCCUCUGUAUAGUCGACAUUUCAGGAUGGAGUUUGUACAGAAGCACCAUUUUUAAAGCAUGACAGAGGUUCAGUUUUAAUGGAUUAGUUUGACAUUAACUGGAGUUAUGUGCAACUGCUUUCCAAAAAUGGCAACCCUUCUUUUAAAUGGUGUUUUGAUAUCAUAACGUAACUGUUAGACACGUUUUUUUUUCUACCCGUUGUUGGUGUUUGAUACAAUAAAAGUGACCAGGAUUGGAACUGUGAGAACUGUGGAUACACACAGAGUGUGUCUGGUUUGAAUGUUAACCUUUAUUUGAUCUAUAGACCAAUUACCAGAAUUAACUUACCAGAAUUAACUUUCCCAUUACCCAGGCUGCUGCUGUGGUGGAAAUCAAUCUGUAUAUUUCUGCACUCAAUCGCUGUUUAAUUAGAUCCACAGCAGAGGCCUGACUGAUAGCGUUUGAAAUGAGAAGAACAUCGAUAUCUGCAUGUGUGAGAGAAGCAGUCUGUUGGAUGUUGUGUUUUAUUGGCAUUUACUUUAGUCACUUUCUAUUUGUUCAGACCUGUUUUUUUAAAUUAUUAUUAUAUUGUACAUAUGCUGGUGUUUCUCAAGUCUUCCUGUCUUGACAGGUUCACUCUGAAAAAUGAAGCUGAAAAGUGCCGGUCCGUUACUUGAUCCUGAAUUCUUUGAUUUCUCUCCAGAUGUAGGUGACCAGUGGAAGUGCAGUUGCUGUUCUUGUUGUGUUUUCUGAACUGUGCAGGUAGAAACUUUUAUACUGUGAUGCUACAACCACUGGUUACUGUGUAAAUCUGUGUGACAAACUUUAAUUAAAGGUGAAAUUCAUUGAAA